UGCUCGACACAUUCAGAGGGGCAUUUAAACCGGGCGAAGGUUCGAUCCAUAGAUUUUCAAGAAAAUAACAUAUUGGUACAUGCUCACCUAUCUCCGGCUGUCCCGGCAGGCCUGCAGACUCUAUCCCCAUUCUGCAGAAUCGGGCCUCCGCCGUGCUACUCCUAACUUUUCACAGGACCUGAACCAUGGCCUCUGAGGCCGAUGCAAUCGCGGCCGCCGUACUAGGCGAGUUCGACAAACUUCCAAACAAAAGGAAGCCUCCCAUCCGUGGAAAUGGUAUUCAUGAGUGGGUUCCACUCAGCGGGAUUGUGGCACGAGGCGGAAGAACAUCAUCAUACACUUGUCUCUCCCUGGCGACAGGCAUGAAGUGUCUGCCGGCCCCCAAGGUGCCGCAUGCCAAGGGCAUCAUCCUUCACGACUGGCACGCGGAGAUCCUGGCCAUCCGCGCCUUCAACCAUUUUGUCCUCGAAGAGUGCAGAAAUCUGGCUAUGGGGCUGAGUGCCUCUGAGUACCUCCGCGUCAGGAGCGCAGAGGAGAUCGCCCAGACCAACAGCGACGAGUGGUGGAGCGGCCAGCCGUUUGCAUGGAGGGAGGACGUGAGCUUGCAUAUGUAUUGCUCCGAGGCACCCUGCGGAGACGCCUCAAUGGAACUGGUGAUGGCCGCUCAGGAGGACAGUACCCCAUGGGAGGUCCCGCCCGGCUGCGGCCCCUCCUCCCCGGCAGAGGGCGGCGGCGACCUGCCCGGGCGCGCCUACUUCUCCCGGCUCGGCGUGGUCCGGCGCAAGCCCGCACGCGGCGACGCCCCGCAGACGCUAUCCAAGUCGUGCUCGGACAAGCUGGCCAUGAGCCAGUGCGCCUCGUUGCUCUCGUCACCGGCCUCGCUCCUGGUGAGCCCGCGCGGCGUCUACCUACGGACGCUGAUCCUGCCCGAGCCCCAGCACUCCGAGGAGGGCUGCCGCCGCUCCUUCUCCGCCGACGGCAGGAUGCGGGACGUGGCCGCGGCGGGCCACCAGCUGUGGCCUGGCGGCUACGGCUUCCACCCCUUCGACGUGCGCCCGACGUCCCCCGGCGUCGACUUCGACUUCUCGCGCAGGAGGGCGGCAGCGCGGGCCCCCCGGGGCAGCGGCGCGAGGAUCGCGCCCAGCCCCCAGGCCGUGGCGUGGAACCGGGCCGGCCUCGAGGAGGGCGUCAUGGCGGGGGUGCAGCAGGGCAGGAAGCAGACGGACCCCAAGGGCGCGAGCGUGCUCUGCAGGGCCGGCAUGUGGGGGCGGGCGCUGAGCGUGGCCUCGUCGGCGGUUCUGCUCGGCGCGGGGGCCGUGGCCGUCCGCAAGGUCCUGUCCGAGGCUGCGACUUACAAGGAGUUGAAGCAGAGCGAGCUCCUACAGGCGAGGGCUCAUGUCAAAGAGCAGGUCAAGGCGACUGGGCUCAAAGGCUGGGUGGGUAACGUCGCUGACGACCAGUUCAGUUUGUGAAGACACGCGAGCUUCACGUAAGAUAGAACCAACUCGGCAAAGCACGGCCUACACGACGAGGCUGGGUAUCAUCUGGUAAAUCCCGAUCUUGCAGGUACCCAGGAUACGAGAAGUAUUCCCCGCGCAUAACAAAAAUAUUCCAUUUCUGAUGUGCUAGGUCGUCAUGUGAACGACACAAAGGAGCCAAAGAAACCACCAUCUCGAGCUUCCUUACGCGGGGUAAGCAGAACCGUGACUUCCCGUGCCCAUUCCAACGCGCGCCGCAGCCGUUUCCCUUCCGC